UUUGUCAGUUUGACUAGUAAAUGAAAAUGUGUGUUGAAUUGUAGGAAAAAUUUGACGUUCUUUUCUUAUUUAUAAAAACGACAAAAACAUAUGCAUGCUGACGAAAAGUGGCAGUGCUUAUAUUUGAAAUUAGUACUUACAUAAAUAAUUGGAAUGGAAAUUUAUUUACUAAAUAAAUGUAUGAGGGAUUCCUAAUAGUGUCUUCAAGAUCAUAGGUUCCUUUCACAUAGGAAAUAUGAGUGAAAAUACUGUUAACAGGAGACCCAACUUUUCAAACAUCCCCCAGAAUGGGAUAAAUAGGAAUUUGAAUAUUAUAAACAUUAAACCAACUGCAAAGAAAUUGAUCAUAAAAAAUCUAAAAAGUGAGCCAAAACUUCCUGAUGAUUAUCGGGAACAAACAUGGGAAAAACUCAAAAGUGCUGUGCUUGCUAUACAACAGUCCAAACCUAAUCAGUAUUCCUUGGAAGAACUGUAUCAGGCCGUAGAGAAUAUGUGCAACCAUAAGAUGGCUCCUACCUUAUACACUAGACUGUACAAUUUAACUGAGAGCCAUGUAUCACAUAAUAUAGAACAGUUCCUAGCAGAAACCAUGGAUAGGUUUUUAUUUCUGAAGAAAAUGAAUGAAACUUGGCUGGCCCAUUGCAAUCAAAUGAUAAUGAUAAGGAGCAUUUUUUUGUAUCUGGACAGAACUUAUGUGCUGCAAAACCCUAAUAUCUCCUCUAUCUGGGACAUGGGCUUAGAAUUAUUUAGCAAAUACAUUAUUUUGAACACUUUAGUUCAGACUCGUGUGGUUGAAGGUUUACUGAUGUUGAUAGAGAAAGAAAGGCAAGGUGAUAAGGUUGAUAGAAGCUUACUGAAAUCCCUAUUGCGCAUGUUAACUGACUUACAGAUAUAUGAUAAAGCUUUUGAACAAAAGUUCUUGCAGUCUACAGAGCGUGUAUAUGCUUUGGAAGGUCAAAGACUCAUGCAAGAGCUAGAAGUACCUGAUUACCUGGCACAUGUAGAUAAAAGAAUUAUGGAAGAAAAUGAGAGAGUGUUGCACUACCUAGACUCAGGCACCAAAUAUCAGCUGGUUCAUACUGUUGAAAAGCAGUUGCUAAGUGAACAUGUCAGCAAUAUUCUUCAAAAAGGCCUUGAUCAACUCCUGAAUGAAAAUAGAAUAAGUGAUUUGAGUUUGCUAUGCCAGUUGCUUGGUAGGGUUAAAAAUGGACUUGUAGAUUUAUGUACUGCUUUCAAUGGGUACAUCAAAAAGAGAGGAAAAACUAUUGUGAUAGAUCCUGAAAAGGAUAAAACUAUGGUUCAAGAACUGUUAGACUUCAAGGAUUCAAUGGACAGUAUAGUGGAGACCUGUUUUAAUAAAAAUGAGAAGUUUGGUAAUUCACUUAAAGAGGCCUUCGAGCAUUUUAUCAAUCAAAGGACAAAUAAACCAGCAGAACUUAUUGCAAAAUUCGUCGACUCGAAACUGCGCGCCGGCAAUAAGGAAGCCACCGAGGAGGAGCUGGAAAGACUGCUCGACAAAAUAAUGGUGCUGUUCCGUUUCAUACACGGCAAGGACGUGUUUGAGGCGUUUUACAAGAAGGACCUGGCGAAGCGGCUGCUGGUCGGCAAAUCGGCCAGCGUCGACGCCGAAAAGAGCAUGCUCAGCAAGCUGAAGCAGGAGUGCGGCGGCGGGUUCACGUCGAAGCUCGAAGGGAUGUUCAAGGACAUGGAGCUCAGCAAGGACAUCAACGUGGCGUUCAAGCAACACCUGACGGUGAACACUCGCGACUUGGCGCCUAUCGAUAUGACAGUCAGCAUCCUCACGAUGGGCUACUGGCCUACCUACCAGGCCACCGAGGUCACUCUGCCCGAUCGCAUGGUUCGCUUCCAGGACAUCUUCAAAGACUUCUAUAUCAGCAAGCACAGCGGUAGAAAACUACAGUGGCAGCCGACUCUGGGCUACUGCGUCCUCCGAGCGGCCUUCAGGGCAGGUCCCAAAGAAUUGGUCGUCUCGCUCUUCCAGACUCUGGUCAUCCUCCUCUUCAACAAGUACGACGAGGUCGGCUUCGAGUACAUCAAAGCAGCGACAGGGAUCGAGGACGGGGAAUUGAGGAGGACUUUGCAGUCGCUGGCUUGCGGGAAGGCGAGGAUAUUGAAUAAGAUACCGAAGGGCAGGGACAUCGAUGAUGUCGACAAGUUCCGGUUCAAUAACGAGUUUACCAAUAAGCUGUUCCGAAUCAAGAUCAACCAGAUCCAGAUGAAGGAGACGACAGAAGAACAGAAAGCAACGGAAGAACGUGUGUUCCAAGAUAGACAGUAUCAAAUUGAUGCUGCCAUUGUGCGUAUCAUGAAAAUGCGCAAAACCCUCAGCCACAAUCUGCUCAUCAGUGAACUCUAUUUGCAGCUCAAGUUUCCCGUCAAGCCUGCCGACUUGAAGAAACGCAUUGAGUCUCUUAUAGACAGAGACUACAUGGAACGGGACAAGGACAACCCCAACCAAUACAACUAUGUUGCUUAAGGUAUCGUUUUACGUUUGAUCUGUGUUCGAUUUUUCAUUAGUUUUCUAAAAACUAGGAUACCUUUUGAUGAAAGAUUAUUAAUCUAGUCCAGUGAGUUCUGGCCUCCUGUCUGCAUUGUAAAUAUAAUGGCAGAAGUUUUUAGUUAUAUCAUUUUUGUCAUUAACAUCCACAAGUUGUAAUACAUUUUUGCUUCAAUUUUUU